AUGAAAUCGAGAUCAAGAUCAGUUUCACCAAAUAUUCGAGUGCCAUCUCAGUAUACUCUUUUAAAUUCCUUUCAUUCUUCAGAAAAGGAAACAUUAAUGUAUUUUAAUUUCUUUCAACGUUCAGUUAGAAUGGGUUAUCGAAUACCGUUUCUGGGACCUCUACUUGAGAAAAAAGGAUGCAGAUGGUUUUCAUUUAUUAUUUUAAUACUAAUUGGUCUUACUUUAUUUCAAGCAUUCAUUACUAUACUGGGCUCAAUAUUGUGGGAAAAUGAUAAGCUUAUAUUAGAAAAGCAAACAUAUGAUCCGGUACCAUAUCUUGGACUGGAUCCAAAUGUACCAGAUAAACUAUCAAAUGGAACGACAAUCUAUCAUGUUAGUAAAGAAUUUGGACCAGCAACGUUGGGUAGCAUGGGUCAGAUAGUAACAGGUUUAGCACAAGCGCAAGCAAAUAAUGGAUCAUAUGCGGUGCACGUAAUAUUACCUUAUUAUAGUUAUUUGAGGAAUUUAUACAGAUCUGAGAAAUUCGCUCAAUUAGAGGUUCAAGUUCGAGAUAGACAUGGCAAACAACAGCCUGUGAAAUUUAUGGUAAACAGGUUUUGGUGGAACAUCACCGAUAAUCCUGAUGUUAUGAGUUCGGAACCUCCAAAACCCUAUUCUAUUCGAGUUUAUGUGAUUGGACCGCCAUCAAGGGAAUCAGAUUCUUUUCAUUCAGCUUUUAAAGCUAAUGAUGUUUCGGAAAUUUAUUAUUCUCCGUUAAGACAAUUGCCACAAGAAUGGGAAGAUGUAUAUUUUUGUAAGGCGGUCGCUGAAUUGAUUACAUAUCUUAAUACAGAUAUCGAUACACCACUUUUCGAUUUAACAGACGCUAGAGGCGUAGAUGUUGUGCACAUUCAUGGAUCUUCUAAUGCGCUUGUUAUUGAAUUUAUGAAUUCUUUAUAUGUAAAAGAAAAGGUCAGAUGGCCGAAACCAGCAAUUGCUUAUACUUUACAUGAUUACAUUGAGGAGCCAAUAUAUUCAAAUUCGAUUAGUUAUGUGCAAAAAUUUUUAGAUUUAGGAAAUUAUACGGAAAUUAAACCACAAUAUUUUCAUGGACAUCGAAUGUACACGUCAGCUGUUGCGAUCGACCAAGCCCAAAUUGUAACAUUUGUGUCAAAAAUAAUUGCUCAAGAAAUGAUAGAAGGCUCAUUAGAUUUUUAUGCAAAGGAACUCAUAAUGCCAAGUAUCCUUAAUAGGGCUAUUAAGGGAGAAUGGAUUGGUAUCACGAAUGGUCUUGAUUUUACUGGAUUUAACCCAUUCAACAACACCAUGUUGAUUGAAACCAAUUCAAAUUUUCCUAGAAACAUUUACACUUUUGACGCAGCUCUUUUAUAUGCUGAAACUAUAGAGAAUUCCUCACAAUCACUUAUCAUCACAUCAAAGUACAGUGCAAAAUUACAUUUAAUUAGAGAAGGAUUAUUAUCAUAUGGAGAUUUAAAUCGCAUGAUCGUUUUAUUUAUUGGAAAAUUUCAGUACAAUAAGGGAUUGGAUUUUUUCCAAGCAGCAACAGAACUUUUAGCAUCACAAGAUGUUUUAUUUAUAAUUAUGGGACAAAUAAGCGAUUAUCCUAUAGAUUCAUUACAACAACUUGUAACUAUUUAUCCUAAUAAUGUUUUGAUUAUACAAGAUGUAGAAUUUCAAACAAAUUGGGGAAUUUUAUAUAGAGCGGCGGCUGAUAUAUUAUUUGUACCGAGCAAAACAGAAAGUUUUGGAUUAACAGCAGCCGAAGGAUUGUUAUUUGGAUGUCCAAUAGUUAGUACCGGUGUGGGAGGAUUAAAAGAAUUUUUAGUUAAUAAGACAAGUUUAAGUAUGAAAGAUGGUUAUAAUUCUUAUUUAUUUAAUUUAUUAGAUGAAACAAAUAUUAAACUUUCAAUUAAUGAUAUGAAAGCUGCAUUAAAUAAUUCUAUAAAUGAUUUAAAAGUAUUAAACAAUAAUCCUAUAGAAAAGGAAGUUUUUAUUAGAGAUUUAAUGAAGGGUGCAUUAAAGUUAGGAUGGAAUCGACCUGGCGGUCCCAUAGAAAUGUACAUUAGAGCAUAUAGAAUGGCAUUAUUAAAAAUAAGAAAUGAUAUUGAUCAUGUAGAAACUUUAUUAAGCGAAUAA